AUGAGGGUCAGUGGAGGAAAAGUCUUGGCAUAUACUGCUGCCAUUUGCUCAACAUGUAGUAGUUUGGUUAGUGCAAUCACUCUUGAUUUGAGCUCUGAUGAAAGCAUCAAAACCGCCGCAUCCGAUGUCGCCUACGAUAUGAUGAAAUACUAUACAGGAAAUAAUACCGGAGAUGUCGCUGGUAACUUACCUGACCCCUAUUAUUGGUGGGAGGCAGGAGCUAUGUUUGGUAUAAUGGUCGACUAUUGGUAUUAUACUGGAGAUACUACCUAUAAUGCUGAAGUAAAACAAGCUCUCCUGCAUCAAGCUGGCGACGAUUACGAUUUCAUGCCUCUCAAUCAGACAAAGACAGAAGGAAACGAUGACCAGGGAUUCUGGGGAAUGGCUGCUAUGUCCGCUGCAGAGGCUAAUUUCGACAAUCCGGAUAGUGGAACACCUGGUUGGUUAGCAAUGGCGCAAGCAGUUUUCAACGAUAUGGCAACUAGAUGGGAUGAAUCAACUUGUGGAGGUGGGUUGAGAUGGCAAAUCUUUACAUUCAACUCCGGAUACGACUAUAAGAAUAGUAUUGCGAAUGGUUGUUUCUUCAAUUUAGGAGCAAGGUUGGCAAGAUACACUGGAAAUUCAUCAUAUGCCGAUUGGGCCGAAAAGAUAUUCACGUGGGAACAAUCUGUUGGAUUGAUCGGUGAUGCUUGGGAGGUGUAUGAUGGUACAUCCGACACAACGAACUGCAGUUCUCUCGAUCAUGUACAAUGGACAUAUAACGCUGGUAUCUAUCUUUUCGGAGCCGCCAUGAUGUACAAUUACACCAACGGAUCAUCCACAUGGGAAAAUCGAACAGCAGGACUUUUGAAUGCCAGUAGUGUAUUCUUUAAAGAUAAUGUUAUGUAUGAAGCAGCAUGCGAAACUACCACCGUCGGUUGCGACACCGAUGAACAAUCAUUUAAAGCCUACCUUUCUCGUUGGAUGGCAGGAACAACUAAGCUCGCCCCAUUUACUGAACCAACAAUCAUGACCUACAUUAACGCAUCUGCUCAAGCCGCAGCAGAACAAUGCGAUGGAGGAACCAGCGGAAGGGCAUGUGGAGAACAUUGGACUGCAGGAAGUACUUACGAUGGAAAAUAUGGAGUCGGAGAACAAAUGAGCGCUUUAAGUAUCAUUCAAGCAACACUUAUUGGGCAAGCAGCCGAUCUUGUUACAAACAACACGGGCGGAACAAGCGUAGGAAAUGCAGCAGGUGGAAGUGGAAGUAGUACCGCUAGCGAUGGAACAGUCGAAACACCCAUCACCAGUGGAGAUAGAGCCGGAGCAGGAAUCUUAACGGCGCUUAUAAUAACCGGUGUUAUCGGAGGUGUGGGAUUUAUGGUUCUGGGUUGA